UAUUCAAUGUGGCUCGCUAAUGUUUCUCACGAGCAGGUUCAUUUUGGAGCGUCUCUAGCCAAACAACCAAACAGACAGAAAUGUCUGCGAUGCCUAAAUAAUAUUUGGAGUGAUUUUCACUUAAAUGCUUGAAGUGGAGAAGUAUGAAAACAGGCUGACGGGUGAACAUUAGAUGAAGAGGGGGACUUGUUAUAGGUUCCGUGAUGGCCACAUCUACGGCUUCUGUGAUUCCCGCUCCCGUUUUAAGUCAGAAGCAGCGGAGGGCCAUUCUGAGGAAAGAGAGAAGAAAACGGAAACGCCAAGCUCUCGCACAAGCCCGAGAAUGUCACUUAAAUAAUGGUGUUCCUCCUGAAGAAGAGGAGGAAAUAAAUGAUGGAGAUGAUGAUAAUGAUGUAGCUGAUGAGGAAAGACUGCGGCUGCAUGAAGAGUGGCUGGAAAGAGAGCGAUGUGCUCAGGAGGAAUUCAGGCUGCAGGUGGAGCGUGAGGAAGCUACACGAAGAAGGAAAGAAGAAGAAGAGCGAAUGAUAAAGGAGGAAUGGGAGGCCCAGCAAAGGAGAGAACAAGAGGAAAAAGAGCAGCGGCAACAGGAGAAGCGAGUCAGAGAGGAGGCUGUUCAGAAAAUGUUGGACGAAGCAGAAAACCAGCUUGAUAAAGAAGGACCGUGGAUGAAUCCGGAGGCUCCGGCAGCAGUGAACUCAGAGAAUUAUGGGACAGAGCGUGACGUAGCCAACUGCCCGUUCUUCCUUAAAACCGGUGCCUGUCGAUUUGGAGACAGAUGUUCUCGGAAACACAUUUAUCCCACAAGCAGCCCGACUCUCAUGGUUCGCGGUAUGUUCACGACGUUCGGCAUGGAGCAGUCCCGCCGCGACGACUACGACAUCGACGCAUGUCUGGAGCACAGCGAGGAGGAGCUGCAGGAGUCUUUUGUCGAUUUCUACCACGAUGUUCUGCCAGAGUUCAAAAACAUUGGCAAAGUGGUUCAAUUCAAGGUCAGCUGUAAUUAUGAGCCCCACCUGAGAGGAAACGUUUACAUUCAGUUUGACACAGAGGAGCGCUGCAAGGAGGCCUUCAUCAAGUUCAACGGCAGGUGGUAUGCAGGCCGGCAGCUUCACUGUGAGAUCUGUCCUGUGACGCGGUGGAAGAAUGCCAUAUGUGGAUUGUUCGACAGACAGAAGUGCACUAAGGGGAAACACUGUAACUUCCUGCACGUGUUUCGGAACCCCGGCAAUGAAUUCUGGGAGGCCGACAGGGACCUGCACCUUUCCCCCAACCGCAGCGUUCGGAGCGGCCGCAGGGACGGCUGGCACUCGGAGCGAUACGGAGAGCGGUCGUGGAGGCAGCGUCGCCACAGCAGGAGCCCGGAGAGAUGGGAGAGCAGGCGAGGAGGCGACAGGAGGCGGAGCCGGAGCCGGAGCAGAGAGAGGAGGAGCUCCCACCUGCACGCAGAGGACAGACGCUCGUCCAGAUCCGAACGCGGCGACAGGAGGAAAGACGCCGGCAGAGACAGAUCGAGGAGCCGGAGCAGAGACAGAGACAGGCUGAGAGACAGGAGCAGAGAUCAAGACAGAGAGAGUCGGGACAGGAGCGAGGAGCGAAGCAGCAGGCACAGAGACGAAGACGCUCAUCGAGAAGCUAAAGACAAGUCAAGGAGCAGAAGCAGGGAGAGGAAGAGAAAGCUGAGUAAAGAAAGAAGCCCCAAGAAAUCGGGUAAUAGUAAAAUAUCAAGCGAUCCAGACACACGGCGGCGCCACAAACACUCCAAAAAGAGCAAGAAGAAGAGCAAGAAGAAACACAAGAAGAAAAGCCGUUCGCCGCUUGAAGGAACAGCUUCUUCUGGAGAGUCAGAGCAGAAGGACUCAGAGGAUGAGACAGCAGGUCCUAACUCUGUCCCCAGUCCCGGGAAAGAGGAAAAUAAAAGUGAGCAGAACCAUGGCGGUUUAGAUCAGAGGGUUGACGACGAGGAAAGACUCAUUGCAGAGGUGAAAUGUGAACAAGCUAACCCUGAACUGACUGGAAAUGGUGAAGGUGAAGGCUCUUAGUCUUCAAUUUCAAAAAGUCCAAACACUUUGUCUGAGUUGCUGUCGCUUUCUUGGUUUAAAACGGGCUCCAAACAUAGGGCUUGUGGGCCAAAAGCGGCCCGCUGUGCAGUCCAGUCUGGCCUGCAGAAUCACCUGGUUCAGUAAAACUGUAACUAUAAGACCAUUGUGACUUUGUUAAAAGUUACUUUCUGUUCCUAAUUUUCCUCUGAGAGGCGAUCCAACAUGACAUAAACACCCGGAACUGAACAGCUGACAGCAACAAUUCCUGAAGAAACGCAACAAUAAAGGCUAACUAGCAUUGUUAGCAACGUGGCGUUAUAGUGAAAGCUACAAAGUGAGGCUGAAUUCACGAAAACGGCGUGGGCAGGGCUGCUGACAGUUUUAUACACCUUCAGUUAAACAUCCAGUCACUUAAACUGUUGCACCAUACGGCUCAUUGUUGCUGAAUGAAAGAAUAAAACAAUCCACGACAAGAAAGCAACACCCAUGUUCUUCUUGAUAACAUUUAUUAAUGUCUUUUGAAUAUAAAAGAAAAAAUGUGUUGGCAAAUGUGUGUGUUGGCAGUGUUUAAUACAAAAAGACAUUUCCUUUGCAGAAAUUAAAUAACAUGUUCAUCUUCUUUUACGCAUGAAUGUUCAACAGAAAC